AUGUCUUGUUCUACUAUUAAUAACAAUAGAAAUUUAUGUGAUACAUAUAUAUCAUGUAUUGGUAAGACAAAAAUAGAAUGUAAUUAUUGUUCAGAUUUAUUUUGUAUUCAACAUUUAAAUGAACAUAAUCAUCAACGAAAUUUAAAACAUUUACAAGAACAUGAACAACGAAUUAAUAAUAUUCCAAAUGAGAUAAAAGAUUUACAAUUAAUUUUUCAUAAUAAUGUAAAUAAUGUUCGAAAAAUUAUAAAUACAUCCAAUAUCAGUCAGAUAGAACAACUGAACCUUUUAUAUAAAUGUAAUUUAUUAGAAAAUGAAGGUUAUGAAUUAAUUAUUAAUUAUGAUCAUUUGUUUAUAUCAAAAAUGUUUGUCUUACAAAAUUCUAUUAUACAAAAAAUACAACAACAAUAUCCAUUGUUUACUAUUGAUGUUGAACAAUUUGAAUCAACUAUUAUCAAAUAUUAUAAAAGUUUAUUUUAUCUUCAAAAUCGUAUUAAAAAUUUAGUAAAUAAUUUAUCAAAACUAACAUAUGGAGUCUGCUCAACAAAAAUGAUUAUCAAUAACAAAUUAGAUGUAAGUGUAUAG